UUUACAACUUGUUUGGACGGCUACUAUGUAUUCAGCAGGAACAGAGAGUUUGAUCAAACAAGCCAGGGAGAUCGGGGAGGUGGAGCUUCAGAAGUUCUACGGCCGGAUCACCAAGCAGCUGGCGGGUAAAGAACACGGCCAUGAUGUCAUCGACUCACUCCAGAGACUACACCUGAUCGUGGCCUCAACCAAGUACACUAGGAGGCUGCCAGUGGAGCUGCAUCAACGUCUGCUGUCGUUUUGUGUGUCUUCCUCUGUGGAGCAGCUGACUGUGUUGACCUCAGCAGUACUCAGAGAAACACUGCCCCCUUCUGGUCCGGAGCAGAUCUACACCCUCCAUGACUACAGCCCAUUAACCAGUCAGAGAAACACUGCCCCCUCUGGUCCGGAGCAGAUCUACACCCUCCAUGACUACAGCCCAUUAACCAGUCAUACUGCUGCUUUAGUUCUGUCACAGGCGGGGUCUAAAGAAGACCUGUCAGCUCUCUCCUCUCUCCUCCUGCGAAGUUUGGAUGGACGACCAGCAGGCAUCCUGUCUCACCUUCACACUCUGCCUCUUCUCAACAGCAUCAUCACCUACUGCCCAGAGAGCCUUACUGAAGAUCAUGUGACCCUGCUCAGUAAGAGGCUUGUUGAUUGGCUGCGCUACGCCAGCGUUCAGCAGGGAGGUGUGGCUUCGUCAGGAGGGUUUUUCACUGGCCCUCGAAUACGUCAGCCGGGGCCAGUGGUGGAGCUGGAUGGCUGUGUGUGUGGGGAUUUCUUCACGGUGCUGUGUGUCAGCCAAGCCUUCUCAGAUGACCAAUGGAUGAACCUCUACAGUUUCUCUCUGCUACGCCAUUGGCUGAUCACAUACCACAACGUAACGGACGGCAACAGCAGCACAGACGCGUGGGGGGGGGCUGGCU